AUGGCGCAAUCAGAACAACAACAACAACAACAACAACAACAACACCACCAACCACCUGCAAAGCCAACCCAAUCGUCCAACCCUUUCAACCCACAGAUGACGACGAGCCCAAUCUCAGUCUCAGCUCCGAACCCAUCAUGGUUCUCCCCCAAAAGGUUGCUCGUAAUGCUCUGUACAAUUAACAUGAUAAAUUAUGUCGAUCGAGGAGCAAUAGCGAGCAAUGGUGUCAAUGGUAGUAUUGGGAUUUGUGAUGAUAGCGGAAUUUGCAGCGCGGGUAGCGGAAUUCAGGGAGAUUUUAAAUUGAGCAAUUUUCAAGAUGGUGUUCUUUCAUCUGCAUUUAUGGUUGGUCUUCUUAUGGCGUCACCCAUCUUUGCGUCCUUGGCAAAGAGCCACAAUCCUUUUAGGCUGAUUGGAGUUGGAUUAUCUGUUUGGACAUUUGCCACAGCUGGGUGUGGUAGUUCAAUUGAUUUUUGGACCAUUGCAAUAUGUCGUAUGCUGGUUGGAGUUGGUGAGGCAUCUUUCAUAAGUCUUGCAGCGCCGUUCAUUGAUGACCAUGCUCCUGCACCUCAGAAAACAGCAUGGCUUGCAAUGUUUUACAUGUGUAUACCAACUGGAAUUGCUGUGGGCUAUGUUUAUGGCGGAUUUGUGGGAGACAAUUACAGUUGGCGAUAUGCAUUCUGGGGAGAGGCAUUUUGUAUGCUUCCAUUUGCUGUCUUGGCUUUUGCGAUGAAUCCAUUGCAGUUGAAAGGUUUUGCUCCUGCUGAAUCAAGAAAGUUUUUGGAACCUAAUGAAACAACUAGUCCUUUAAUUGAAGGUUCAGAUGUCUCAAACAUAAAUAGUUGCGUGAUAGUUUCCUCUGAUAAAGCUUCUAGGUCAAGCCCUGCAUCCAAAUCUUUGAACCAACUCUCAAGAUUCUCAAAAGAUAUGAAAGAACUUUUGCGUGAUAAAGUAUAUGUUGUUAAUAUUUUAGGUUAUGUGUCAUACAACUUUGUCAUUGGAGCCUACUCAUACUGGGGGCCAAAGGCUGGUUAUAGCAUUUAUCGUAUGAGUAAUCCAGAUUUGUUGUUUGGUGGUAUUACAAUUGUUUGUGGAAUUCUUGGGACGUUAGCUGGAGGGCUCAUCCUUGAUUCAGUGAAUGCCACAAUUAAUAAUGCUUUUAAGCUUCUCUCUGGAGCAACAAUUCUAGGUGCAAUCUUUUGCUUCAGUGCCUUCUGUGUAAGGAGCUUGUAUUUUUUUGUAGUUCUUUUCUCAAUGGGGGAGCUACUUGUGUUUGCCACACAGGCUCCAGUUAAUUAUGUGUCUCUGCGAUGCGUGAAACCAAGUCUUAGGCCAUUGUCUAUGGCUGUCUCAACUGUUUCAAUCCACAUCUUUGGUGAUGUUCCUUCCUCACCUCUUGCUGGAAUCCUCCAGGACCAUGUUAACAAUUGGAGGGUAACAACUCUUGUUGUGACGUCUGUUCUGUUUUUUGCAUCAGGAAUAUGGUUCAUAGGGAUCUUCAUUAGCAAUUCAGACAAAUUUAAUGAAGAUGGUAAGGAAGAAGUCUCCACAGUUGAUAGAGCCACAAAAAAGCCAUUGUUUGAAGAGAACACAGUUGAGGGAGCCCAAGACUCUGGUGAAGCAUAA